AUGUUGGACAUCCAGUCCGUAACAUCUACAACAACGGACAAGUCGAAAGCCCAGCCUCCUGCUCCUAUCGCGGAAGAUGCAGUUUUUGGAGAGAUCAUUGAGGAUGGCCCAAACUACAGAAAUGUCGGAUGGCUCGGAACUGUUGCUCUUAUGAUCAAGACCCAGUUCAGUCUCGGGGAUCUGGGCAUCCUCCAGGUCUACGACUCUCUGGGCCUCAUCCUUGGAAUUAUAUGUGUUUGUGUGAUUGCGAUUAUCACAACAUGGUCGGACUACGUCAACGGUACGUUCAAACUUCGCCAUCCCGAGGUCUACGCCAUCGACGUUUCAGGGGAGUUGAUCUUUGGUCGCCUCGGGCGUGAGGUUCUCGAUGUCGGGGUGUGUAUCUGUACGAUCCCAUGUACUGGAUCUUCUGCACGGGCUCCGAUUGGGCUCAAUGGGGUCUCAGCUCACGGCACAUGCACGGCGGUGGUUUUUGCAAUAUUUGCUAUUGUUGCCUACUGUUUGGCAAGUAUACGGACGCUAGGAAAGAUCAAAUGGACUGCGUGGAAGGGGUGGGGAGUAUUCUUACUGCUGGCCCUCGACGGCUCCUCAGACGGGCGAGUAAAGUCAGACUACAAACUCGUCGGCCGUCCAUCUUUUGUCCAAGCCAUAACUGCCGUUUCUUCCAUUGUGUAUGCGUUUGCCGGAACUCCUGACCGCUGUGACGGCGACUUAACAUCGAUCGGAACGGUGAUCUACUAUUUCUGCGGCUCAUACGUCGCAUCACCCGCUCUGGGGCCUGCCAGGACCCUAAUUAAGAAUGUCUCUUACGGCAUCGCUCUGCCCGGCUUGAUCGCCAGUACCAUCAUUGUCUGCCACUUCGCCAGCAAUUACCUCUUCGUCCGCAUUCUCCGAGGCUCCGUCCAUCUAACUGCAAACACAUUCACCCACUGGGCCACCUGGCUCAGCUGCACUUUGGCGGUCACGGUCUCUUCAUACCUCAUUGCCAGUGGAAUUCUCAUCUUCCAUGACCUGGUAUCCUUGAUCAGCGCUUUCCUGGGGACAUUUAUGUCCUUCCAGCCUAUGGGGUGCAUGUGGCUAUAUGACAAUUGGAGACGGGGCCGCGAGCAGCCAACCCUCCGGUGGGCGCUGUUGUCCAUACAGAAAGAGUCGGGGGGGUCGGCUUGGUCGUGUGCUGAUAACUCGAGCUCUUGA